AUGGAGCGGAAGAGGAAGCUGCCCGCCAGGGCUGCCGCGCGCGUCGAGCACAUCGCGAAGAAGCGCACCGUCACCCCUCCCGAACAUCGUUCCCUCACACCCGUCCCGGCUCCCGUCGAGGAACCUCCGCCGCCGCCUUCGCUGCCCAAGUCCGUUCAGCCUGGAAAGCCGCUACCUACUGUCGAGGAUCCCCAACCCGAUGAUCUCCCCGCGAAGGAGUACCAGUCCUUCCAAGAGAGCGGCGUCUUGGCCGAGUCUCUCGCCCGCUCGCGACACAGAUGGAUGGCCGAGGGCAUGUUUGAGAAAUACUGGACGAAGCCUCUGAGGAGGAAAGGCGCAACAGAAGAUCCCAAGAAUCCGGCCAAAGACACCAUGACCAAGAUUGGCCAAGUGCAGAUUACCAUUGAACCUCACGUAUUUGAGGCAACCAUGUGGGCUAUCAAGGAUCCGAAACCACCACCGGCAACCACGCAGGCAACCUUCCGUCCAAUCUUGCAGUACGGUCCUCCCAACGGCUCCAUGCCGCCUCCUCCUACGCCGGUCACGACGAAUUCAAAUCCGCCGCUGGCCCCAGCCGAUGCGAAGUCGACGCCUCCAGCUUCGACACCAGCUCCCCCAUCGCCUGCACUUCAACAAGCGCCGUCAAGGCUAUCCUCGGCAGCAGCAGCCGAGGUACCCAAGACGAUGCCAUCACCGCGUAGUUUGGAGCCCAUGCUGCCAGUAGCCGCCACACCACCUCCGUCGAGGCCAGUCGCGCCAGUUGCGCCGGCGGCACCGCCUGGACAGGGACCAGCACACUCGCCAGCACCUGCACCAGGUACUCCAUCAAAUCCUGUCCUCCAACCUGGCGUGCCAAAUUCAGCGCCAAACUCGCGGCCAUCGAGUUCCACUCCGACGCCCGCUAUGGGAGCCGUGAAGCCGGCAGCUCCCAAGCCUCAGGGUACCGACCCGAUCAUCAUGACGUUAGCCGAAAAGGCCUCGGAGGAUCCUGUUCUCCGCGACCUGAUGAAGCGCGUUGCCGCGGGAGAAGCAAAGCCUGAUGAGCUUAGUAAUUUCCAAAAGAUUAUUGAUCAAAUUACGGCCGAGUACAAAAGAAAAGGCGGUCAACAGGGGCCUUCAGCGGACAGGCUGUUAGUCGACGGGAGGACAGUCAAGUACUUCGCCGACGAGGUGCGCACUAUUUUGGAUAUUGUGCUUGCCACCAACCCGCGCCAAAAAUCAAACGAGCUGCUACCCCCCCGUGGCAGUGACCCAUUGGUAGUCGCUCUGGUGAGAGCAGCUUUGGAUGAUACCAAGGUACGGGCGAUGAUUCGAAGGAUUGCCGACGGCCAGCCAGGAUUCACAGAUGCGACCGACCUUAAAUCAACGCUUGACAGACUGCACAAGGAUCUCAAGGGCGGGCAAACCCCUCAACCUCAGCCAUCUACCCCGCAGACUCCAGUUAACGGCGUUCCGAAUGGCCAACCAUUGAAGCCGGCGGCUGCCGCACCCACACCUUCACCAAAACCAGCUGCAGCUCCUUCACCCGCACCGCAGUUGCAGCACCCUCCCCAGCAGGCGCUGCGCUCCAAAGGCCCUCCGCAACCACCGGCCCGCCCCGAAAUCUCGGGCGUCUGCUUUGAUUUCACCGGCGGAAAUGGAGAUCGCUAUCUGUUCCCAAAGUAUAGUAUUCUGGAAUACCAGCCGGGCGGACAGCAGGUUAUUGCCUCGUUCCUAAUUGUUCGCAAAGGCAGUCAACUGGAGUAUGGUGGAGACUCAAAGCUCGAUUACUAUCAACCGGUCACCAUCCGGAUAUACGCUCAGUCUGGACGGAAUCUCGAGUAUCUUCAGAGGGUCGUCGCACCUCCUGACGAGGUCAGGCGGUAUAUGGACGACGUCAUGGAUAACAUGACGCGAGCAGAAUACGUCCUUCUGGCAAUGCGCCUGCCCCGCGGCGAGCGUGAGCCAGAUAAGGAGCAGAACGGCAAGGAGAUUGCUGGUAUAAGUGGACAAGCCUCUCGACCGGAAUCCUCUGUCCCCGACGUCCCGGCGCCGAAGCAGCAGUCAGUCAUGUGGGGUCCACUGACGUCCAAGUUCGUCCAAAAAUUCAACAAGAAGUGGUUUGAAGAAUGGAAGAGGAUUGAAAAAGCCACCGAUAAGAGGCCUACAGUGUCCGACGAGGUCUUCCAGGAGGCCAGCGAGGCAGUUGGCCGCGAUCCCCUGGACAAGGACAUAGAAUACGAGAAGAUGAUUGAGCUCUUGGCAGCCAAGGACACCGAGUCCUCAUCUUAA